AUGUCCGACAACAAGACGUUAUCGAGCCAGAGGGCGGAUAUUGAUAGACUAAUCAUUGGCUCGAGACGCCAGAAAACAGAUCAGAAACGAAGAUGUCCGGCUUGCUCGAAGCUCUUGCCUCCCAGCUCCACCAGGGAAGAAGACAUCAAACGACACGUCGAGGAAAACCACAGCGAUGAAGCUGAUAAACCAAGUUUAAUAAAGAAAAUACUAUCCCAACUCAGGGACCGAGGCGAACCCCUGACCCAAGCCACAGCUUCCCAACCUGCCGGGACCAAUCCCGCAUCAGACCUAUCCCAAUCGGUUUCCAAGACUGCUGUUGUUGGCGAUGUUGAAACUCCUGUACAUGAAGCUAGCACGGAAGGGGAUCGUCGAGGCAGGUUGAAGAGUCCGGCCUCGAACAGGAGCCUGAAGCGGGAUAAUGAAGAAUCGUCUCUCCCUCCCAAGCGAAGUCGAGCUCGUGCACCUAUACAAACGGGCCGUACGCCUGAUAAUGAGUUUCGGAGAGAGCCCGCGCAGAAGUCGGGGAAGCUGUGGUCUCCCGAAGAAGAACCUUUGAAAAGAAAAGACACCAUCGAGUCACCUAGACCAUCUACGUCCCGAUCGUUCGAGCCACGCAGUCCCGAGGUUGACCAAACAGAAGUCUUGAUAAAACAGCCGGAAACACGCCCAAUCUCACAGGAACAAUUAGUGGCAGAGGUCAAGGUUCAACAACGGAAUCGAGUCCGAAGUUGA